GCAAUCCGGAAAUGUUGUUUCUUCUGCGUGACAGGCAUGCAGCAUGCACUGAUGAGUAAACAUUAAAGCAGUUUAAUUCAUUCAGGACGAAAGCCAAAGACUUCGGUGAGAGAUGUCAUUCUCGUUGGUUUGCGCUCCUUUCCGGUGCUUCGAUUUUGUAAUAUAGGUUGAUUUGUGUGAGCGAUUAAUGGCUAACAUGCUAAGGAUGCUCGGUGGGGAACCCUUUCAACGGACGCCAAUUUUGCAUUUGAAUCAAAGGGGACGUAUAUAACUACCAGUCCGCUAUGGAAAAUAACGAAUGUAAAUCCGCGGACGGCGUUUUCGUCUUCUUUGUAGCUGGCUAUUCAUAGUGCCUCGUGUGAGCGUGACUAUUGAUCCCAAACGUGAUGACGCCACUGGUUCGUUCGGCAAAGUCGUGUUAAGAGUAGCAGAGCGCGUCCUGUCAUGAAUAAAGGUGACUACCAGCAAAUUGACCCGAGGACACCUGGGACUCCCACGCCCACCUCGUCGGGUCACCCCCCCCAACCCCGACCCCAUUCCCAACCUCAACCCCAGAACCACGGGGAGAACUUCGGCAGCGAACCCCUCAGAAAACCUCGGAGGAGGUGGGAGGUCUUACCUGGAAAUAACCGCUUCUUCUGCGAUGGACGUCUCAUAACGGCCAGUCAGAGCGGUAUGCUGCCCCUAACCCUGGGCCUCAUCCUUGUCACCAGUGGAUUAUUCUUCAUAUUCGACUGUCCUUUCCUGGUCAAACACCUGACAUGCUACAUACCCGCCGUGGGAGGAGUCCUCUUUGUAUUUGUGCUGGUCACGCUGCUUCAGACCACCUUUUCAGACCCCGGCAUCCUGCCUCGAGCGACGACGGACGAGGCGAUUGACAUCGAGAAGCAGAUCGACAACACCGGCAGCUCUAGCUACCGACCCCCGCCGCGCACGAAGGAGGUGCUCAUCAACCAGCAGGUGGUCAAGCUCAAGUACUGCUUUACCUGCAAGAUGUUCCGUCCUCCGCGCACUUCCCACUGCGGCCUGUGCGACAACUGCGUGGAAAGAUUUGAUCAUCACUGCCCUUGGGUGGGCAACUGCGUGGGCAAACGCAACUACCGUUUCUUCUAUGCCUUCAUCGUGUCACUCUCUUUUCUGACGGCGUUCAUCUUUGGGUGUGUGGCUAUACAUCUGGCAAUGCGGACUCAAGAUGAGAAAAGCCUGGUUCUGGUCCUCCAAGAGAGUCCUGGCAGCGCCGUGGAGCUGGUGAUUUGUUUCUUCUCAGUCUGGUGCAUCUUGGGUCUCUCAGGCUUCCAUACGUACCUCAUCGCAACCAACCUUACCACAAAUGAAGACAUUAAAGGUACUUGGUCAGGGAAGAGCGGUGCACAGGACCACACUAACCCCUACAGUCACAGAAACCUGUUCAUCAACUGUUGCUCUGUACUCUGCGGACCCAUGCCACCCAGUUUGAUCAACAGACGAGGCCUCCUCCCCCCAAAUGAACACCUUCAGGCAGAUGCAGACAUCGAACUGCCUGCCACAGCCGACUCAAGCCGGAUAAAUGUGCCCAAGCAUGAAACCAAAGGUCUGCCGGAGUCCAGCAUUCACACACCUGUGCUGUCUACUCAGUGUCCUCAGGGGAAGUCACAGUUGGCCAGAGGACCGGCGGCGAAUGCUGAGCCCACGUCGGACAUCUCCUCAAACUGGGAAGCGCACCGGAGCGCCGGUCCACCGCCUAGCGAUGCUGCUCAUGUGCUCCCUGCCGAGACAAAAGCCAAGAAAACAAAAAAGCGCAUGGCCAAAGUUGCCUCUGAUGUCCAGGCUUCACGCCACGGCCAGAAGGAGGAGCCAUAAAAGUGCCGGUUCCUUACCCCUUUCACCCCGAUGGCACUUAUUUUAUAUAUUUUGAUCAACCUUUUCAGGGAAAGUUUGGGAAAGAAUUUGUUAUUGUAGAUUUACCAUUUUUAUUGGUGAAAUGAUGCACUAAAAACUUGGAUCCAUGUGCUGAUUCUUUUCUAGAUCUGUUCGGACUGUUGAAACUGGAUAAAGGUUUGAUUUGUGUCAAUGUUAAACACCAAUACGCAUCUUGUUUUGCCCUCAUAUUGAGCUUGUAUCCAUUAAUAUAGUGUAGUUGUCCACUGGAAUCAUGUUUACUCUCAAUGAAGACGACCUAAUCUCUCUUUUUGGCCAA